AUGGCUGCCCUAAUGGUACAUGGUUUUGUCCAAAUAUACAGUAGGAAGACUCGGAUGUCUGAAGUGAAAGAAGCAUUCAUUGAAAUAGUGGAAAAAAAGAGGAAAGUUAUAUUGGUUGUCUAUUUCAGUACUGGAGAAUACAGAACUUUUCAGCUAAGUAAUAAUGUCAGAAACAUAGUCCUUAGACUCUGUGGAGAAGACCAAAAUUUUCUGCAUUUAAUUUUCCAGACGAAUGCCUUCUUGUCUAUUGAAAGAUUAUCCUCCAGAGAUGCCCAAAAUUUGAAGAUAUUCCUGGAUAGAGUCCAUCAAAAUCAUCUUCAACCACCCGUAAGACCUGAUAGGGAUGGGAGUAUCUUUGCCAUUACAAGAACACAGAAGGCAGGUGGCAAAAAUGCAUCUCACAAAAUAUGUAAGACCUCAAGUAAGAUGUCAAGUAAAAUAUGUAAGAUGUCUUUUGGGAGAAAAAGAAAUGAAACACCUGAUGAUAAGGAGAUGCCUUUGUUUGCAUCACAAUUGUCAACAUUAACCUGCGAAGAGUUAUUAGAAAAUGGAUAUGGGAAGAGGGAAAGGAGGCCAUCAUCUGGCUCAGAGAUGAAUAAGAAUUUCCUGCAAGAGAAUACCUCUCUGAAGAACAGGAUAUCAAAGAUGAACCCCUUGAGAUAUGUAAGCCACAAUGAGAAGGGAGAAUUAAGGUUUAAAAGGUUAAAAAAGAAUAAUAAAUUGGAACUUGGAGCUUCAUUAAAUAUCAAUUCUAAUGGAACUCCUUACCUAGAUGUCACUGAUCUUCUCCAAAGAGUGUCUGAGAAAAUAUAUUUAGCACUUCUGUCAGAAUCAAAGUAUGUUGAAGAUGACCCAGAGUGGGGCAAACUCAAGAUGAUCUUUGACUUUUACCCCCAGAAACUAUGGCAAGGCCUCCCCAAUUUGGGGAACAGCUGUUAUAUGAAUGCCGUUUUACAGUCCUUAUUUUCGAUUCCAUCGUUUGCUGAUGAUUUACUCAAUCAGGGCUUCUCAUGGGGUAAAAUGCCCCCUUAUGCACUUAGCAUAUACUUGGCACAGCUGCUUAUUCUGAAAGAUAUUUAUAACAUAAAAAUCAAGGAGAAGUUACUUGUGAAUAUUAAAAAUGCCAUUUCAGCAGUUGCAGAGGUAUUCGCUGGCCACAUGCAGAAUGAUGCAUAUGAGUUUCUAGGUCACUGUUUAGAUCAGAUGAAAGAAAACACAGGAAAAUUUAACGCCGUUUGUAAGACUGAAAGUGACUCUGCUGAAGGAAAUUCACCUCAACAGGCUUCGGCUGGUAGAGCUGACACCACGGUUCCUGUUUGCCCUGUCGCCAGUAAUUUUGAUUUCGAGUUGCUGCGCUCAAUUAUUUGCAAAGCUUGUGGGCACAUUGUUCUUAAGAAGGAAGUUGAGGAUACUCUCUCUAUUAAUCUUCCCCAGGGAGCACAAGCACUUCCCUUGUCUAUUCAGUCUAGUUUUGAUCUUUUCUUUGAAGCAGAAGAGCUUGAGUAUAAAUGUGAGAAGUGUAAACACAGGAGCUCUACUGCAGUGCAUAAUUUCAGUAGGCUACCCAGGGUCCUUAUUGUUCAUCUGAAACGCUAUAAAUUUAAUGAGUUUGGGUCCUUAAGGAAGGAUGACCGAGAAGUCAUUAUUUCCAAAUAUUUAAAGUUAUCUUCCCGUUGCAAUGAAACUACCAAACCGCCGCUUCCCUUAAGCAAGAAUGCACCUAUUAGGGAUUUCCAAGUCUUGAAAGUCUUUCAAAAGUUCAAUUCGAAAACCAUCAGUUCACUGACAGAUUCAACAAAGCAGACCUCAGAAUCCAAGGAUUCUUUGGCUCCACACAUUAGAUCAGACAAAGAGUCUGAACCACAAGAAUGCCAGACUCUUCAUACAGCUUCAAGCAGAAAGGAGCAGCAAGAAGACCUGGGAAAAUAUUCUAAACUAAAUAUAAUAGAGUCCACAUUGGUAAACUCAGGACAUGGAGCAGCCAUUGCAAGAGAGCUAUUAGCAGUAGGCUUAAUGAUGAAUCUGGAAGACAGCUCUCUUUCUCUGAACGGUACACCUGCCAGCAGCCCAGAUACAUAUCACAAAGUGCCUGGAAUUCCAAAGCUAAAGAAAAACAAGAAAACCAACACGUCUGCAGAUUUUAAGAGCGUGGCUGAGACCACCAAAGAAUUUUGUAACGAUAAAAAAAACAGAAUUUCAGAAGAAUCUUGCCAAGUGCCUGAAGAGACCCAGCAGUGUGGCGCGAUAAGACUCUGUGAACAAGACCUUUGCCUAGUGCUAAUUCGAAGGUUUCCACCACCUAACACCCAGUGGCACACAGAGAAAUGCAAAAGGCACACAGAAUUAAGUUUCCAGGGAGCCAAGGUGAAUUCCCUAGGUGCAUUGGGUUCCAAUAAAGACCCUGGAAACAACGGCUCUUCACACGUGGAGGAAGCUUCACACGUGGAAGAAGCUUCACAUGUGGAAGAAGCUUCAGCCAAGAAACCAAACAGAGAAGCCAAGAUGGGAGACAGUCAUGACUAUCGGCUCAUUGGUGUUAUCAGCCAUCUUGGAAAAACACUUGGCUCUGGCCACUAUGUCAGCGAUGCCUACAGCUUUGAGAGGCAAGAGUGGCUCACUUACAGUGAUCUGCAGUUAUCAAGUAUCCAAGAGGCCCCAAUGCAGGAGGCUAGGCUUUGCACCGGGUACAUCUUCUUUUACAUGCACAAUGAGAUCUUUGAAGAGCUGUUGGAAAGGAAAGAGAACUCCCAGCCUCAUAGCACAGAGGAAGGAGUAGGAAAAGAAGUAGACCCUGGCUCACAUACAUCUCCUUAA